AUGCUGGUAUCUCGUUGUCUCGGGAUCUUCACCCUCAGCAUCCCUUUGCUGACUCUUGCCGGAGAUGUCGAAGAAGGCGGCGCGUGUUCUACCUCCAAUAGCCGGCUCGACCCCUCUUCGCACACCUUCCUCAGCGACUGCUCCGACACGGCGUUCUGCUCCGUAUCAUCGAACUCGACCUCUGCUACGGCCAACUCGACUUCAUCCACCACUGCCACGAAUGGUACCUGUCAGCCCCGCCGCUGCCGCCGAGACGAGUUCCCGUUCGGUUACGGCGAGGACCAGCCACUUCCGCCGCUGUGCUCUGGAGGUAGUUUCUGCCCUGAUGACGGAAGUGGGUGCGAGACCCUCGUCGGGCUUGGCCAGGCAUGCCAGAUGAACCGGGACGACCAGUGUGCGCCGCCGCCGAAAUGGCAGAGCCUCGCGAGUAAUUGGAAUGUCAACGGGUCGAUCUGUCUGAAGUCGACGUGCAUGUACGCGAAUGUCUCGCUCGGGCAUACGUGCCUCCUCGACGACGUGACGUACAUCGUAGACGGCCCAGACGGACAGCAGUACAGCAAUACGAUCACUCGGGACAAUUGCCAGUCGCCAAGGUUGUAUUGCGACCGGAACAGCACACAAUGCGUCCUGACUAAGAGUUUGGGCGCGGAGUGCGAUACGGAUCGCGAGUGCCAGAGCCACAAUUGUGGUACCUCUGGAACUUGCAUCGAUCCACCGGAAAUGCCCCUGCACGUAGCUACUUGGCAAUACGGCGUUGUCGCACUCAGCGUUCUCUUAGCCAUGUCCGCUACGAUCGUCAUGCUCGUUCUACUCCAUAAGCGUCUGCGCCUGAAGCGGUACCGCGAAAUCAGAGAGUACUACGAUGAGCAAAUUAGGUGCGUAUACCUCCGUGCUCAACCUGCGAGUGUUGAUCCUGUUCUUGUUACCAGCCUCCGACGCUCCAUUGCCGCGUUGCACGCUGCCGCAGCUGGGAGGUAUGAGGAUGAAAAGGACGAAGCGUACUAGCUAUUGUUCGUGGUCGGCGUGUCGGCAGUCUUACUCGUUGUCAUGAAGUUUGUGGUGGACGAUGCUAAGAGAGUAAUUGAUGUCG